AUUGCUAUCAAUCGUGGUCGUCAAUUCCCCCCAUAUCGCCGCCAUGGUUGUCAAGAUCCGUCUCGCCCGUUUCGGGCGUCGAAAUCAGCCCUUUUACAACAUCGUUGUUGCCCACGCUCGCACGGCUCGUAACUCCCGCCCGCUCGAAGUUAUUGGCACAUACGACCCGAUUCCCAAGACCGAUCCUUACGACGACUCUGGAAAGCUUCACAAGGACAUCCAGCUCGAUAGAGCACGCGCUAGGUACUGGAUCGGUGUUGGUGCACAGCCUACGGACACAGCAUGGCGGUUACUCUCCAUGCUCAACAUUCUACCAAAGAAGGAAUUCGGCCCCAAGAAGGACGAGAUAAAGGGUGUUGUGCAGAAGGAUCAGAUCCAGAUUCGCUGAAACAACAAUGGUCUGGAAGGAUGUAUGAUAAUGUAUGAAAAGACAUUUCGGGGCGUUGGUUUGGGGAUCGAUAUCACCCGAUUUGAAUGAGCCAGCAAAAAUUCGAGAGCAGGCAGUGCCAACACAAGAGAUUAUCGGGGAUCUUUGGCAGGCAUUGGAGGCACAUAGUACUUCCAGAGGAGACUGUACUAUAUAUUUAUGUUGGAAACGGCUUGAAUCACCACAACCAAGUCAUUUGUCGCUAU